UGCGACGACGACAACAGUCCAGCAAGACUCCGCAGCAGCAGACACACAAACAAACAGCCAGCCAGCAUCGUCACUCUCCUCUCCGUCAGUCUUCCAGCAAAAGUCGUGCGUCUCGUCCACCGCGUCGUUGAGGUCCGGCGGAAAAAGAACAAUUGAAAGGAAAAACGAAUAACAAGCCGGAGACGCGAGGCAGCUUCCGGUCGUCGGGGCAUCCAUCGCAGCCAAGAGGGCGGACAAGAAGAAGCCGAGGUCUGCCACAAUGUUGCUGAGCGUCAACGGCGUCCUGUGCUCCCUGGCGCUGCUGCUCGUCUGGCGGGCAGAGGAGCUGGCGGAGGCGUGCAGCUGCGCUCCGGUGCACCCUCAACAGGCGUUCUGCAACGCCGACAUAGUGAUCCGAGCCAAGGUGGUGGGGGAGAGAGAGGUGGUUUCUGGGAACGACAUCUACGGCAACCCCAUCAAGAGGAUCCAGUACGAGGUCAAACAGAUCAAGAUGUUCAAGGGUCCCGAUCAAGACAUUGACACCAUCUUCACCGCCCCCAUGUCCGCCGUGUGUGGCGUCACCCUGGAUGCUGGCGGCAAGAAGGAGUACUUGAUCUCCGGCAAGUCCGACGCUGGCGGUCAAAUGCACGUGACGCUGUGUGAUUACAUCAUGCUCUGGGACUCCCUGAGCGCCACCCAGAAGAAGAGUCUGAGCCAGCGCUACCAGAUGAGCUGCGAGUGCAAGAUCGUGCGCUGUCCUUCGCUGCCCUGCGAGAUCUCGGCCCCUGAAGAGUGUCUGUGGACGGACCUGAUGAUCGAGAAGCAGGUCCAUGGUCGCCAGGCCAACCACUACGCCUGCGUCAAGCGGGCCGAUGGCUCCUGCUCUUGGUACCGCGGCGUGGCCCCGCCCAAAAAGGAGUUUCUGGAUGCCGAAGACCCCUAAAAAAAAGAAAAAGAAAAAAGAAGCCCUUUUUUCUGCCUGAACGUCAACUAAUCCCGUGGAAAACAGGCAACUUUUUUGAUUUAGAGGUGAAAAUGUGCUGUUGUGAGAAUAAUCUCUUGCCUCUUUGUGUCCUUUUGGGGUUAAAAAGAAUCUAAAAUGAGGGUAGUUUGUGGAGGUUGUUGUCAGUUGUGUGUUUAAAAACCAAUCAUGGGAUGUAGACUGGUCAGGUGAUGAUGUAACUUCCUCCUGAGGCUGGCGUCAGGAGGAGACAACAGCACUUCCUUCAAAAAAAAAAAAAAGCUCUUUAAGUAAGCCCUCACUCAUCCAUCACUGAUGACCUCAUUAUUAAUUUUAUCCAAAGCCCAAAUUCCAAGUUGCCUUUUUUGUCUUGUGAAAUGAUUGUCACACUCUGUUUUUUUUCCCCAUCUCAUUUCAUUUAGUGGUCAUUUUAGUAAAACCUCACUGGACCAGUCCAUGAUGUGUAUCGCAAUAUUGGGUUGCUCUCAUUUUCCAUCAAUUAAGGUAAAAGAGUUGCAAUUUCCCCGUUCUUUGCCACCUAAAUAUGUGCAUUAUGUGAACGUAACGCUGAUCAAAUACCGCGGGUGUCCCGGUCCGAUAUCAAACAUCAGCACAAAAACAAGUAUCAGAUGAUAGCGUCUAAAGCAGGGGUCACCAACCUUUUUGAAAGCAAGAGCUACUUCUUGGGUACUGAUUAAUGCCAAGGGCUACCAGUUUGAUACACACAUAAAUAAAUUGCCAGAAAUGGCCAAUUUGCUCAAUUUACCUUUAAUAAAUAAAUAAAUAUAUAUAUAUUAAAAAAUGGGUAUUUUUGUUUGUCAUUCCGUCGUACAUUUUUUUUCCUUUUACGGAACGUUUUUUGUAGAGAAUAAAUGAUGGAAAAAAACACUUAAUUGAACGGUUUAAAAGAGGAGAAAACAGGGGAAAAAAAUGAAAAUUAAAUUUUGAAACAUAGUUUAUCUUCAAUUUCGACUCUUUGAAAUUCAAAAUUCAACCAGAAAAAAGAAGAGAAAAAUUAGCUAAUUCGAAUAUUUUUGAAAAAAUUAAAAUAAUUUAUGGAACAUCAGUAGUAAUUUUUCCUGAUUAGGAUUGAUUUUAGAAUUUUGAUGACAUGUUUUAAAUAGGUUAAAAUCCAAUCUGCACUUUGUUAGAAUAUAUAACAAAUUGGACCAAGCUAUAUUUCUAACAAAGACAAAUCAUUAUUUCUUCUAGAUUUUCCAGAACAAAAAAAUUUAAAGAAAUUCAAAAGACUUUGAAAUAAGAUUUGAAUUCUAUUGUACAGAUUUUCUAGAUUUGCCAGAAUAUUUUUUUUGAAUUUUAAUCAUAAAUUUGAAAAAAUAUUUCAAAAAUAUUCGUCGAAAAAACAGAAACUAUAAUGAAGAAUUAAAUUAAAAUGUAUUUAUAAUUCUUUACAACAAAAAAAUAAAUUUACUUGAACAUUGAUUUAAAUUGUCAGGAAAGAAGAGGAAGGAAUUUAAAAGGUAAAAUGGUAUGUGUUUUGAAAAUCCUAAAAUCUUUUUUAAGGUUGCAUUUUUUUUCUCUAAAAUUGUCUUUCUGAAAGUUAUAAGGAGCAAAUUAAAAAAAUAGCUGAAUUUUUUUAAACAGGUAAAAUAUUUUCUUGGAUUUUCAAAUUCUAUUUGAGUUUUGUCUCUCGUAGAAUUAAAAAUGUCGAGCAAAGCGAGACCAGCUUGCUAGUACAUAAUUAAAAUUAAAAAAAUAGAGGCAGCUCACUGGUAAGUGCUGCUAUUUGAGCUAUUUUUAGAACAGGCCAGCGGGCGACUCAUCUGGUCCUUACGGGCUACCUGGUGCCCGUGGGCACCGUGUUGGUGACCCCUCUGCUAGGCUAUAGGUUCGCAGCUACCCAACAGCUAAGCACACAAUAGCACACAAGCUAGACAUGCGUAAUAAUAACUGCACAUUUGUCAACGUAAGUAUCAAAUAGUUGCAUAUUACAAUUACAGAACGUAUCCAGUCACAAAUAUGCCUUUAAUACCUACAUCGUUAGUUUUGGCGAAUUUUACUUGAUUCGCCGCUGAAGUCCUGUCAAUAUCGGUAUCGGAAGUGAAAAGGUUGUAUCGGGACACCCCUAUAUCAUUUCUAAUUAUGACACAUGUUCAGUUUUUUUCAGAUAAACUGCAAUAUUGGGCUCGCUGAUGCAGAUUCCUGCACAUUUGGGAGCUUAAAAACCCACAUUUUGUCUCUCCUGCUAAAUUCCACGCUUAUAAUUCAUGGCUGUGAGGUAAUAAAACAUCGGAAUCAUGCAGUGCAUAUACUAUAUAUUUUUUUUGUUGUUGUGACUUGACCAGUAUUAUUUUGUAUUAUUUACUGCGUUAGAACUAGAAUUGCACUUUUCAAGGAAGCGUUCCCGUACAGAAAGGCCGAAACACUGAUGCUAAUCACUUCAUACAGUGGGGCAAAAAAAUAUUUAGUCAUCCAGCGAUUGUGCAAGUUCUCCCACUUCAAAUGAUGACAGAUGUCUGUCAUUUUCAUCAUAGGUACACUUCAACUGUGACAGACAGAAUGUGACAAAAAAAAUCCAGGAAUUCACAUUGCAGGAAUUUUAAAGGAUUUAUUUGUAAAUUAUGGUAGAAAAUAAGUAUUUGGUCAAUAACAAAAAUUCAACUCAAUACUUUAUGUAGUCAGAUGAAACCAAAAUAGAACUUUUUGGUAUAAACUCAACUGGUGGUGUUUGGAGGAAGAAGAAUACUGAGUUGCAUCCCAAGAACACCACACCUACUGUGAAGCAUGGGGGUGGAAACAUCAUGCUUUGGGGCUGUUUUUCUGCUAAGGGGACAGGACGACUGAUCCGUGUUAAGGAAAGAAUGAAUGGGGCCAUGUAUCGUGAGAUUUUCAGCCAAAACCUCCUUCCAUCAGUGAGAGCUUUGAAUGCUUGACCAAAUACUUAUUUUCCACCAUCAUUUACAAAUAAAUUAUUUAAAAUUCCUACAAUGUGAAUUCCAGGAUUAUUUUUUCCACAUUCUGUCUGUCACAGUUGAAGUGUACCUAUGAUGAAAAUGACAGACCUCUGUCAUCAUUUGAAGUGGGAGAACUUGCACAAUCGCUGGCUGACUAAAUACUUUUUGGCCCCACUGUAUUGUUGCCAGGUGUAAAAAAAAAAAAAAAAAAAAGGGUGAUUAUUAAGGGUGUGGGGAAAAAAAUCGAUUUGAAUACGAAUCACGAUUCUCACGUUGUGCGAUUCAGAAUCGAUUCUCUUUUUUUUUUUAUAAUCGAUUUAAACAUUUUUAUCAAUCCAACAAAAGAAUACACAGCAAUACCAUAACAAUGCAAUCAAUCCAAUUCCAAAACCAAACCUGAGCCAGCAACACUCAGAACUGCAAUAAACAGAACAAUUGAGAGGAGACACAAACACCACACGGAACAAACUAAAAGUAGUGAAACAAAAUUGAAUAUUAUCAACAACAGUAUCAAUAUUAGUUAUCAUUUCAGCAUAGCAGUGAUUAAAAAUCCCUCAUUGACAUUAUCAUUAGACAUUUAUGAUAAAAAGAACAAUAGUGUCACAGUGGCUUACACUUGCAUGGCAUCUCAUAAGCUGGACAACACACUGUGUCCAAUGUUUUCACAAAGAUAAAAUAAGUCAUAUUUUUGCUUCCUUUAAUAGUUCAAACAAAUUUACAUUAUUGCAAUCAGUUGAUAAAACAUUGUCCUUUACAAUUAUAAAAGCUUUUUUUUAAAAAUCUGCUAGCAUGUCAGCAGACUGGGGUAGAUCUGCUGAAAUCUACGUAUUGAAUGAAUAUAGAAUCGUUUUGAAUCAGAAAAAUAUCGUUUUUGAAUCGAGAAUUGCGUUGAAUCGAAAAAAAAACGAUAUAUAAUCGAAUCGCCACCCCAAAAAUCGAUAUUGAAUCGAAUCCUGGGACACCCAAAGAUUCGCAGCCCUGGUGAUUUUUAUCGUUAUUUCUGUCUUCAUUAGAUUGUACACGCCAGCGACCUUUUUCGCAACUCGCCACAUUCCCGCCGCGUCCUGUUCAUGUUUUGACCUCUUUUUCCCCCCGCGAUUCCUUCCCGAAAGCUUCAGAAAGUACGUUUGCGGCGCAGCUUUAUGCAAACUCCAGCUAGCUAAACAUUAACCUAACGGCAUGCAGGCACUUUCCAGAUGUCAGAAGGUCCUCCAAAACCAACACUGUUUCGUAGUGUUUGCAAACUACCGUAUUUCCUUGAAUUGCCGCCAGGGCGCUAACUGAUUUAAAACCUCUUCUCACUCCUGCGCUUACCAAAGGCAUGUGGUAAAAGUAAGCAUGCGCUAAUUAUUUUAAAACCUUUUCUCAAUCCGGCACUUACCAAAGGCAUGCAGUAAAAAUUUGAGUGUGAUGUAAGCUUGGACCUUAAAUCCUACUGAAUAGCUCUUGAUCUUCUUCCCUUUAUGCGAUUUCAAAUUACCGGUAUUGAAAUCAGCCUCCUCUAUUUUGAAAAUGUUGACAUGGGAAGUGUCACAAGUUUGACCAGGCCGUAAUACUAAGCAUGUGCUAAUUAUUUUGCGAAGCGAGUUUGACCCUGCGGAAAUUCAAGGAAAAUAUGGUACGUCUAGUCGCUCCAACUAGUGGUGAAAUUGGUGAAUUACACUUUCAUCCGACCGUGUUGGUUUUUGUCGAGGUGUUCCUGACAAAUUGGCAAGUGAAUGUUUUUAUAUCUAUAAGGGAGUAUUAGAGGCAUAAUUUAAACUUUCCCGGUGUCAUUAUUGUGUUUUUUUUUUUUUUGGGUGUUUUGGCUGUCAUUGUCUUUAGGAGAAGAAAAAUGUGUUUAGCGGGCAGGAAGGUCCUCUUGCGCUGGAGUCCCGUGAGAGUGAGAAUAAUUCUUUUUUGGGGGGUUCAGAGGGAGAAAAGAGUACCUCGUGUGAAUCGACGACUGCUGCAUGUGUUUGUCGCUUUGUGUAAGUCCGGCAAAAGGACCAAAAUAUUCAGUAUUAUCAAAUAAAAACAAACUUUCAAAGGA